AUGUCCAAAGAGACGUCUGUAGCGCCGGAGCGCCAUGCAUACGUUGGAUCCAGGGUCAAGGAGACCACGUUCCGCGAAUGGGUGGUCGCCAACCAAAUCGGCAUUUCAAUGACCAUCCUGGCUAUGUUACUAGCCUUGCACAACCUCUACCCCUCGCUUCGACCCUAUACACAGCCUUUCUUCCAAUUGUCCUACUACGACGCAGCCUCGAAUUCAUACGUGCAGGGCUGGGACGAUGUCUACUUCGUCUUCAGUGCCGCUGUCGCACUCACCGGUAUCCGCGCCAUUGUCAUCGAAUGGAUAAUUCAGCCAAUGGCUCGGUCAGCGGGUUUGAAGCGGAAGCAGGCUGUUCGUGUGGCGGAGCAGGGCUGGCAGGCUAUGUAUUACUCGUUCAUCUGGGGCGUGGGAAUGUAUCUCUGGAAGAAUUCCUACUACUGGGGUGAUUUUGCUCCCAUCUGGUCUAGGUGGCCUGCGCGUUCUCUCUCUGGCUUGAUGAAGUGGUACCUGCUCGUUGAGCUUGCAUUCCUCGUGCAGCAGAUCUUCGUCAUCCACGUGGAGGAGAGGCGCAAGGAUCACUACCAGAUGCUUUCCCACCACAUCAUUACCAGCACUCUUUUGAGCUCCGCUUACAUUUACGGGUUCUACAACGUGUCCAACGUAGUGCUGUGUUUGAUGGACGUUGUGGAUUUCCUGCUUCCGUCAGCAAAAAUUCUCAAGUACCUUAAGUUCGAGACGGCUUGCAACAUUGGAUUUGGUCUGUUCAUGACCACUUGGUUCAUCACCCGCCACAUCAUCUACCCGGCCCUUUGCUGGUCUAUUUAUAAGAAUGUCCCAGCGCAAAUGUCAUACGGCUGCUACUCCGGUUCGACCGCUGAGAUGAUAUCUGACAAUGGCUACCCGAACACUGUUGCAUACCUUUUCGGACCGUAUUUCAACCUGGAGAACCCCAUCUGCAUGAAUCGCACCGUGAAAUGGACCUUCCUGUCCCUUCUGCUGACCUUGGAGGGCCUGUCCAUUGUCUGGUUCAGCAUGAUUGUUCGUGUUGCAUACGGUGUUCUUUGCGGCGGUAACGCCGAGGACUCCCGCAGUGAUGAGGAAGACGAGGCCGAGGUUGAAAAUCAACCUUCCCACGUUCCAGUGCACCUGGCCGCCAAGGACGGUGCCACCCCAGACACCAUUGCCAUCGACACUGCUCCUGGCCUUGACCGUCGGCGGUCCAAUGGAGCCUCGGUGCGUGCCCGGGGCCGUGGUCGUGUCCCAUUCGACCAGAGUGAUCGGAAAGCUCUACUCGGCCGCAUUGGUUGUGAAAAGCCUACAUAA